GGGCGUGUGGUUUCACAGCUUUACUAAGAGACGGACAGAUAGCCCCGGACUUCCUGUUCACUGCUGCUGCUGUCAGAGUUCACUCACUUCAGAGGACUUUUUAAGAUAUCUCGCUGACUGUCGACACAGGAGCAACUAAACAGAUCCUUUCAUCUCAUCUACAGCCAAGCCGAGACAUGUACGUGUGUUACAUCCUGGACGGGAUUCUCAUCCUUUACGGCGUCAUUCUCACCAUCUUAUACUGCAGACUGAGGAUGAAUUCAGUCAACAAAGCGCCUGAGAAGAAGCCCGUGGAGGGAGGCAUCUAUGCGGGUCUGACAUCUCACAGCACCGACACCUACGAAACCAUCAAGAUAGAUAAGAAGCCGAUCGUGUGAUGGAGGAGGGUUUGGUGCAGAGCGGAUGAUGACACAAACACGGUGUCAGAUCUUAUGAAGCUUUAUACUGUAUAUUACGUUACAUGACUUUUCUCCCUUUUCGUUUUGUAAAAAUACUACUCUCUUUUCUAAACUUUGCAUGUAUGAAAUGUUAAAACUAAAUUAAUUUAACAAGUUACUAAUAAAGGUUGUGUAAGUGUGUUUUCACUGCACGGCGCACUGUGUUUCACAGCUGGUUUUACACAAGUUUCUGAAAAAGGAGAAGUUUAAAUUUGUCUUUUGUUUCUGUUCAUGUGUUCCCUUUUUAUGAUGAAUUAAGGAGUACUUUUACUUCACUUUAUGUGAAGAAAAAACCCCUAAAAUUAUGUCAAUCUCAGAAGUAGGAGUGCAAUUAAUGAUUAUUUUUUAUUAUUUAUUUUGAUUCGUCUUUUAUUUUGAUUAAUCUCUUUGUGUAUUAAAUGUCAGAAAAUGCAGGAGUACUUGUGUGAAAAAAAAACAUAAAUUAUGUUAACCUCAGAAGUAGGAGUGCAACAAAUGAUAAUUUUUAUUAACAAUUAAUCUGCUAAUUUUAUUUUUGAUAAAUCUUUCGGUGUAUUAAAAUUUCAAAAAAUUAUAAAAAAUGCCCAUCACAAUUUCCUAAAGCCCAACGUGACGCCUUCUAGUGUCUUUCUUUGUCUGACCAACAGUCCAAAGCCCAAAGAUAUUCAGUUUACAUGAUAUGAAUGAAAAAUUGUGUACACAUAUUUGGUCAAUUUAAUUCUGAUAUAAAACAGAAAAUUACCCGUAAUAUUUUUUAAAUACAUUUUCUGUCAAUCAGCUAAUUGAUUAGGAUAGACAGGAAGGUAAAGCUUUUAUUUUAGUGGCUAAAUCAUUAAAAAAGCCAACAUGUUUCGACCACUGCAGGUCUUCAUCAGGUCUUAAAACAUGUUCAAGCCUUACGGUUGAGUACAUUUUGAAGAAUCAAGCAGGUUAUCCUAUCACAGUGUUUGAAACACAUAAUUUCAUUUUGGAAACUGGAACUGACCAAAGAAAUUCUUAGUCGACUAACUGUCAUACAAUUUUGUAAAAGAUUUUGUCUAAAUUCUAUAUUAUGCGGUUAUUAUUAAUGACAAGUUUUAAAAAGUGGCCUGUUUGAUAUCAGCAAGGACACUUUACAUUUUAGUAGGGCUGCCGUCCUCGACCAAAGAAAUUCUUAGUUGACUAACACUUGUACGACGAACACUUGUGUUUACCAGAGAUGUGCUCAUUAGUUUCUUAGAAAUAAGUCAUUCAGCGUGAAAAAGCAUAAAAAAUGACUAAUGGAUUCAAGAAAUCUUAGUCAACUAAGACCAAAGCAACCGAUUAGUCGACUAAUCGACUAACCUUUUAUUACUGCAAUUUAUCACUCUGCAGUUUUCCAAAACAACAAAAUCUCAAUAACUAUUUUUACUUGUUACAGAUAUGCUUCAUGUUUAUUGCAUGAAAACAACACUGUAACGUUACCUGUUCAAAUCAAAAACACCAACAUUAGUUUCAAUCUUCUAAUUCACCAGAAUUAAGGGAGCAUUCAGUCUAAACAUCCAGAUAGUAAAUAUAACAUCUAUUUUCAUGUCUCAAAAGUGCUCAUUUAUAACAGAAAUAUUUAACAGCACCAGAGAGGAGAAACAAUCACACACUUUCACUGUGAAAGCCUGUUUCUUUCUGCCUGUGUGACAGCAGCAGCUCACUUAUUUACAUAGAAACAGAACUGGACAUGUAUUCAAAACAGAUUGAUGACAGCCCGUGCACUCUGUGGCUGUGUACAGUUUUCCCUCAUGCUCUUUACAACGACACAAGAUACUCCUUCACUCAUCCAGUCGUCUGUUGCAACAUAACCACCUGAACUAGUGAAACAGAACAUACUCAGGUCUGAGGUCACAGCUGCAUUUGAAUAACGGUGAAAUUAGUAUUUAUGAGCCGACACAUGCAUGUUCACUGGGUUCCAGUUCAUAUUAUCAUCAUUGAUUCCCAUUAAUCCUGCUGUAAGAGAAGUUAUCUUUUUUCUUGCAAAAAGACAAUAAAUAUAUUGAAUCAAA